CCCCCAAUCUUCCUCAUUCACUCCUACCACCACCAGAGGUCCAAAAGCAAACCAAGGCCAAGAACGAAGGAAGAUGGCUCUGGUCGGGCAGGUGGCGACGGUGGCGCAGCUGGUGGGCGUGGACGCGUUCAGCCUCAUCACCAUGAUCGCAGAGGCAGCACAAACAGUGCGGCGGAACCGCGCCGUCUGCCGGCAGCUGGCCCGCCGCGUCGAGAUGAUCGGCGGCCUGCUCCGGCGGCUGCAGGACCAGGACACGCAGCUGAUGCAGCUUCCGGAGACGAGGACACCCGUGGAGGCGCUGGAGGAGACGCUCCGGCGGGCGUACCUGCUCGUGCGCUCCUGCCAGCGCCGCGGGUACGCGUACCGGUGCUUCAUGGGGGCGCGCCACGCCGACGAGCUCCGCGAGGUGCAGGGUGAGAUCGGCUUCUACCUCCAGCUCUUCCCGCUUGUCAGCUAUGUGGAUGCAACGCUCAACUGGGUCAGGCAUCUCAACAACAAGCAGGCCUCUCAUGACACUUCUUUCCAAGAGGCACCUAUGGUAAGACCAUGUAUUGUGCCGCUCCUGUUUCUCUCGUGCGAUGGACGCUGCUUAGCGAUUGUUCAGGGAGUAUGCAUGCCUUGGUAUAUGGUAUAGCGCACACACACGGUUCGAACCUCCUCUGCUAAUGUUUCCUGAUGUGUGUAUCUGUGAAAUUUUUCGUGUGUCACUGCAGGGUUCGAAACACAUUACUGACUUAACUCUUUCUCAUCUUAUCUUAUUAACACAUAACAAUGAUCUAGCUAGCACCUUUUCAUUGGGAACCGCUAGCUAGUAUGCAAUUGUUCGUCCUCUUUUUCGGAUCACUAGCUGUUGAAUUCAGGUGAAAAUGCAUUUGUGUGUGCGAAAUAGGUAUGUUGAAUUUUACUUUCCUCAUGGGAUCCACACAUUCAGAGUUACUACCUGAGACCAACUCUCACUCUCGGGCACUGAUUUACUGCUCGAGUCUUCUGAUGACCUGUUUGCAUACAUAGCUUACCUUUUGGUUCAUCAGGAGAGCAAAGUUCCAGGGUCGCAGGCGCUGAUGUCGGCGCAACAGAUCCAAUCCUUGAGCCUUCAACAGGUUAGGAAGGACGAGUAGGACCACGUACGUCGUGCCCCCGUGGCACUUACUUCACAUUUUAUUUCAGAUUUUCUGAACCAGAGCAAAACACAAAUGUUGUUGCUACUGGAAGCUAGCUAUACCAGAUGAAGAAAUGCGUCAUCUGGAAGAGCGAUAAUAAGGAUCAUCAGUUGUCAUCUAGAAGUGUCAGCUGCUGUCAAUACAUAUCAUUCUUUCGUCUUCAGUUCAGUCCACACAGAAGAACUGAACCAUGGAACAUCCAUAACAGAGAUAGCAAUAGUAAUCAAGAUGUCAGACAUGUCUUGAUGUCAUUUUUGCAUUGUUAUUUUGCAAUCAUUACCCACUGAUGUACUACUAGUACGUAGUACCUGAAUCUCAAAUUCUUCAAACCUGUACAGUUACUCUUUUCAUUUCACUCCUCACCGGUGCUGUAGGGUAGACCACAGGCAGAGUCAUGCAAUUUUCAAUCAAGAUGCCUGUCAUCUGUCAAUGAAAUCUACACGUCUCUGGCGAUGCAACUUGUACACAGCAUUUGUUCUUGAUAAGAUAUAUAUAAAGAAAUUCCAGGA